AUGGAUUCAAUACUAAAAAUAUUUUGUCGUCAAAUCGAAGAUUUACUACGGUUAACUCAUAUGGUGGUGAAAGCAUUACAAUUGCAAAGUUUUUUAUCAGCUGAUCAAAAUUUAUCUGUAACUUUUGAUAUCUCAAAUGAAAAUUGUGUCGAUUAUCAAUGUUCAUUAUCCUAUGAUUUUUGUAAUGAAGUCAAAUUUGCUCAUCAACGUUUACAACAUACAUGUUAUCUGUUACAACGUGCAAUUUAUCGUGUACAAGCAAUGAGACAAGCAAAACCACUAUGUCGUAUUCAAAUUCAUGAUGAUACUAUUGUGCAAUAUGAUCAUUUUCUCUCAAAAGAAUUUAAUUAUAUUCAAACAACAAUUCAAAACUCAAAAAAAUAUCUACACAAUUUAUUACAACCGUUGAAAACAUUACAGUUAAUUUAUAAUCAAAUAGAACAAAAUAUUAAAGUGUUACUUUGUUGUACACAUUGGUCACUACCGUAUAAAAAUACCAUGUUCUUUGCUCCAUUAGUCAGUGAUAUAUUAAGUCAUUUUUUUCUUAUAUUAACCAUUGUCUCUCGUCUCUCAUUGGACAUUGUCGAUUUGAAACCAUGUAAACAGCCGACAAAUUUAACAUUGAAAUUAUCAUCAUCAUCACAAUGUAUCUUAUCAACAAGGGCAUAUACACUCCGAUAUACCAAUAAUAAUACAAAAUCAAAAAAACACAUCACUUCAUUAUUUUCAAAUUUAGAUUUUAGUAAGAAUGUUACAAAAUCAGUAAAAAAGAAUAAGACAAUGGUAAGAAACAGUAGUCCAAUAGGGGAAUAA